GUUCGUUCCUUUCAUCAUCUUCGCGGUCUGAGCAGCAGAAGAUCGAUAACAAAAAUUAUUAGUUUCAUCUCUCAUUUUUGUUUCACGAAACCACCAUUCUCUUCAUAUUACAUUCUUCUUCUUAUAAGCAUGUGGGCGUGUGAUAUCGAGAUUAUCAUGGUCUGUUAAUUAAAGUCAUCAUAUUAACUGUUUUUUCUCUCAUAUUGACAAUUUGGACACUGACACUUCUUAUAUACGCUUGCGAUCCAGAUUUGAAGUACAUACAGAGAUGAACUCCUCACUCGAUCAUCAAUGGCUGGAGGAACUGGAAAACGAGGAUCUCCGGGAGCUCGACUUCAUUGACCCGCUGAGCAUACAUCAGCUUGCGGAAUCCAUGGCCAACGAGCUCUGGGAGCAGCCUUCUCAAGAACAGCAAGUAGAAUUGGAUCAACGGCAGCAGCGUUCGUACCCGGCAGCCUUCUCCGUUCUCGGGGACGACAUCAACAAAUCCUACCCCAAGGGCUUCCCGACGGCCAUCACCGCGGGCGGCGGCGACGACAGCAUGUUCUCCUUCGUCGACGGCAACUCAAAGCAGUUGAGCUUCUCUGCGCGAGAGCACAAGCAGGAAGGCAACACAUCGUCGCUGACGAUGACCAAGGAGACGAAAGGCGGGCGGAGGGCGAGCUCGAGCGUGCCUGAGCACGUCAUUUCGGAGAGGAAGCGGCGGGAGAAGAUGCACCUCCAGUUCGCGACACUCGCGUCCAUCAUCCCCGACGUCACCAAGACAGACAAGGUGUCCCUUCUAGGGAGCGCCAUCGACUACGUGCACCACCUCAGGGGAAGGCUCAAGGCCCUGCAGGAGGAGCACCACCGGAGCACCGGCAGCACGGCGGAAUCCCCACCGCUGGAUGCCCGGUGCUGCAUCGGCUUCGAGGAUGACGGCGAGGCGAGCCCCAAGAUCGAGGCCGACGUCCGGGGAAGGACGGUUAUGCUGAGGGUGGUGUGCCGGGAGAAGAAGGGGGUGCUGAUCAUGGUGCUCAAGGAGCUGGAGAAGCACGGCCUGACCAUCAUCAACACCAACGUCUUGCCGCUCUCCGAGUCGUCGUCGCUGAACAUCACCGUUACCGCGCAGAUUGAAGACGGAUCUUCUACCGCAGUUGACCUUGUGAAUAAUCUAAAUUCUGCUCUAAAAAAAUUUUAGGUACAAACUUCUGUUUGAUGGACAAACUAUUGGUAUCUGUCUGUAUAUACAAAUGGAGAGCAACUAUCUUGUAGGUGACUAAUGAUCGACCCUUUGUCCCUGUUCUACUUGAAGGGAAUUGCGUUUGUUCUGGCAAAGUAUUUGUGGAUGGAGCUUUGUAUUCGGGCCAUUUUAUUUCAUUUCAUUACGAAAUGUC